AUGUUAGUCGCCAUGAAGCUUUCUGCAACACUUCUUCUCCUUGGAGCAGGACUCUCUGCUGUCGCUGCACUCGACGUCUCUGUGGCCAAGGAGGCCCAUCGGCUGGCCAUCGAGCGGCGGGAAGCCUCACGCGAUGAAGCCCAUACACUCCAAAGCCGGACGAACAACCGGUCCCGCAGCAGAAACUGGUCUGGCGGCGCCGUGACGAACGAUCGUUACCAGUCCGUUACUGCCGAGGUGAUCAUCCCGAACAUCACUUUCCCGGAUGGGUAUGAUCCCAAAACGACCUAUUCCUCGUCCGUCUGGGUCGGUAUCUCUGGAUACGACGAUUUCUGCGACGUAGCAGGCCAGACUGGUCUGAUACAGGGAGGGUACUACUACCUUUACGACAAGGAAGGCGACUUUGGCGUUUUCGCUUUCUACGAAUGGUUCCCCGACGGGCCCGUGUUCCUUGACGACACGGAGAAGAUCCUCACAAACAUUGGCGACCACGUGCGAAUGACGGUGACGCAGAAGAACAACAACACUGGCACCUACACCUGGGAGAAUCUGACGCAGGGUAAAAAGUUCGAGAAGAGCCUGACUGCGCCUACAAAUGGCAGCUUGUGUACCAACACUGCCGAGUGGGUAGUUGAAUCCUUCAUGUCUGAAAAGGAUCACACAAGUCUCUAUCCCGACUUUGGCGAACUGAAAUUCACAAACAUCAAAGCUGUCGCGGAGAGCGGCAAGCCUGCGUCGUUGUCAGACGCCUACUUUUACGACGCCGAGCCGCUUCUUAACGGUAAACGACUCACCAAUUGCGCGAUUCAGCCAGAGACCGCAUCUACGACUUGUAAGUGGUUGGGCUACAAGGGCAUAUUCUCCAGCUGA